AUGGACUCUAUACUGGCCUCUCCGCCGAAUUUGACGCCCUAUGAACGCUUCCUCGAGCGUUGUUCCCUCCCCGAACUCAAUUGGUACAUCAAUUCCGUGAGCGACCACUUCGACGCUCUCCUGGCCCGCAGUGACCCAUACCGCUCAAUUCGCCUGUCCACAUACCUUACACAACGCUUCGGCCAAUUCCCCCAACACGCCCAUGAUGUCUGGAUUCCUCUUCUCCCGAUAGACGAAGACCACUACUCUCCGAAGCAUGUGGGCGUGGACCUGGAGAACCGGACCCUCUUCUUCCCGGACUUACCUUCCUCGAAAGCAGUCGGUGACGGCAAGCAGACGUCCCCGUUGUCAGCUGUGGCGUCCUUCCUCGCCAACCUACUUGCUACGACUCUCUGGGAUAAGUCUGUUCAGAACCCAAAGCACAGCCGCGUACGCUUCAUCAACAACACCUUUAUUGUCAUCGACGGAAUCUACAAGAGGUUGUCAGAAAGAUGGGUGAAUGGCAAGGAGGCUGCAAGGCAACGAUUCUAUGCCGUAGGUGUCAUCCAGGUCGUCGCCCUCGAGAAGUUGCAGAAGGAGCUACAAGAGGUGGAAGGCGUCAUAAAAGUCUUACCAGUGCCUUCAGAUCCAAAGAUCAAGGAUUGGCCGACUAGCUUCCUGCCGAUUGAGGCUAUAGGGGACGUCGCUGCUCAGCCUACCUCGGAAGUUACAGUACGCCCUCCUUUGCAUUACUCGAACGGCGUUGUCAAAAACGGUGCCCAUACCAAUGGCGUACACACAAACGGUGUCGAAUCGAACGGUGAAUCUAGCGCAGAGAGCGACCCAGUCACUCUCGUUGUUCCCUCCGCCGGCCGUUCUUCUCGAUUUCCAGGCGUGAAGCCCAAAUGGAUGCUCACCCAGCCCAGCGGCUGUCUGAUGGUCGUCGAUGCACUGGGAGCUUUGGACCUGACCCACGUCAACCAUGUCGUCAUCGGACUGCUAAAGGAGCAUGUAGACAAAUACUGCGGUGGAGACGUAGACGCAAUUCUCAAAAUCUUCGAAGACGGUGUACCACGUCUUCAAGAAAUCAAAGUCUCCAUUGUGGUAAUAGCAGAAGAAACAGUCGAUCAAACCCAAACCAUUGAAUGCAUCCUGAACGCCGCCAGAGUAACCGGCCCCAUCUUUCUCAAAGACUGCGACAACCAAUUCAAAUGUCCCGUCCCAGCAGUCGACGGCGUAGCUACCCUUGAAAUAACGCGUGAAACCGAAUCAGGCGUAUCCAACGUUGCGUCCAAAGGCUAUGUAGCCGUCAACUCCCAAACAGGCCAACUCACAAGCAUCGUCGAGAAAAUGAUGGUCAGUAAUACCUUCUGCAUCGGCGGCUAUGCGUGGAAAUCCGCCCAAGACUUCCUUUCCCGUGUCGCUCAGGCGAGGAAAUACCAGAUCAUGGCGUCAGCCACCAAGGGCGUUGAGCUAGCGGUCUCGGAUGUGAUUUGGCUGAAAAUGGCAACCGGCGCCCCUUUCUUCUCGAUCCCAGCUGCAAAUUACGAGGACUGGGGCACCCUCCCUUCUUGGCGCGCCUACUGCGAUAGCUUCAAAACGCUCUUCGUCGACAUUGACGGCACGCUCAUGAAGAAUAGUGGUCAAUACUUCGUUCCCACCUGGGGCACCACGGCCCCUUUGACGAAGAACGUCGACCAUCUGAACAAGCUGCAUGCAACCGGCAGAGUCAGAAUUAUCCUCGUUACAUCAAGGUUAGAGAAAUUCAGGGACGCAACAGUGAAACAGUUGGAUCAAUACGGGGUUAAGUACGAUCAGGUUUUAUUUGGCAUGCUGCAUGCGAGUCGGGUGGUCAUCAACGAUUAUGCACCAACGAAUCCGUACCCGUCGGCGGAGUGUGUGAAUAUACCGCGGAAUGCGGAGGAUUUGCCACAUAUGCUGUCUUUGUGA